UCAAGGGCAAUUCUGUAUGGCCUCUUCCCAGUAUAUUUAUGUGAGUUUCAUAUCAAUGUUAUGUCAACUCCGAGAGAGACGAUCUUGCCUCUUCUGGGCCUCGUGAGUGUCUUGACUGUUGCGAUAUGCGGAUAUGGCGACCUGCAAAAGUUGCUCCAAAAAGGAGCGAAUGGCCAAACCCAUGGCGCACAGCUGGAACAAACCGUUUUGCAUCACGAGGACGACGACACUAAUUUUUCUUCGAAAUUUGAUGCCACCCAGGGACACACUGACACGUUUGCGGUUCUGUCGCGGAUGUGGCGUGGAGAUUUGCCACAUUUGGAAAGCUGGCUUCGGCACUACAUCCUUCAUUUGGCUGUGCAGCGUGUUUAUGGCGUGGUGACCGACCCAGACGACCUCACAGACCUGAGAGCUUUAAUCCUCCGUGCAGGAUUCAGGGAUCAAGUGAAACUCUUUUCGGAACCAAUCAGUGAAGACAGUGUCAAUACUGCCGUCUUCGACCCAGCCCAAAUAGCUGAAACCUUUGUGUUGUCAGUGGACACUGAUGAAUUUGCAGUACUUCCCGUUGGUGAAAGUCUUCAAUCCUUUACGGCAUCAGAGCCGUUAGCUGAUUUCUUCCAAAUGGUAUGGCGAUAUGCGCCCAGUGAUACCAUGGGGGAACAGUUCACUCCGCGCAUCGGCAUUUUGUGCAAGAAUUAUGGGAAACCCAUGUUCCGCACUCGUAGAUUCCAAAAGUUCAAUAAUACUCCCCACUUUAUUUUUUGUGAACCUCCAAAGGAACUAGAGGAAGAGGGAAUGAUGGGAAUGCAGAUGUACUCCAUGGACGAACGCAACUGCCGGAGGGCACAGAAGUCUUUAGCCCUGAUGCAUUUCUGGUAUCGUGGUGUCUACGAUGCCCUCUUGCGACAAAGUGCAGGACAUACCACAGGCGAUUUCUCGGACCGAAACACUGGGGUAGAGGUGGUACUGGAUGAAUUACGGCACGGGAUUUUGCCGCAACGGCUGAAACACCUGGCUGUUGGAACUGUUUGCGAAGACUUACUGGAAACCACUACGAAUUCAGAGAGGUCAAAGUUCCGCGAGAUCUAUGGCGAAGACAACACGUCGUUCCGUCUGGAAGUCUUUAUCAACCAGACUGAAGCAAUCGAUCAGCUGGACUUUUUGGGAAUCGAUGAAGAACUCCGGAUGAGAGCUGUCGAAAAGUACCACCAAUUCAAAGCUGCUUUUGCCAAACAUUUUGAGAAGAUAGUUUGCGAACCUUUAAAAUUCUGCACGGUUCCUAUCACCCCUUCGAUGCUCCUUGCAAAAAGCUUGACUGUGGAGGGGAUGCAGAACUUUGAUGAGCCUUGCAAGUUUUUUUUCUUCCCGGAUUUCAAUCACAGCGCUUGAAACACUGGGAUCUAGCAUCUGACUACCAGACUCAGAAUGCAAAAGUGGCAUAGGAGUUCUGAACUUCCCUUUGAAGUCGC